AGCUGCAAUGAAGAUGAAAUUGAACAUCGACAGCAUGCAGUUACUGCUUUUUGUCUUCUUGAUGUGGGACCCAAUCAGGUUGGUGCUGGCUAACAUCCAAGAAGAUGGGCCAGAAAACAACAUCACCAUUUUUACAAGAAUUCUAGACAGACUCCUGGAUGGUUAUGAUAAUCGGCUUAGACCGGGACUCGGAGGAGUAUACAAUAGAUGUGUUCUUCCGACAAAAGUGGAAAGAUGAAAGGUUAAAAUUUAAAGGUCCUAUGAAUAUCCUUCGACUUAACAAUUUAAUGGCUAGCAAAAUCUGGACUCCAGACACCUUCUUUCACAACGGGAAAAAAUCGGUAGCUCAUAACAUGACAAUGCCCAAUAAACUUCUUAGAAUCCAGGACGAUGGGACACUACUGUACACAAUGAGGCUUACAGUUCAAGCUGAAUGUCCAAUGCAUUUGGAGGAUUUUCCAAUGGAUGCUCAUUCAUGCCCUCUGAAAUUUGGCAGCUAUGCAUAUACAACCUCAGAGGUCACUUAUAUUUGGACUUACAAUGCAUCUGAUUCAGUACAAGUUGCUCCUGAUGGCUCCAGGUUAAAUCAGUAUGACCUGCUGGGCCAAUCAAUUGGGAAGGAGACAAUUAAGUCCAGUACAGGUGAAUAUACCGUAAUGACAGCUCAUUUCCACUUGAAAAGAAAAAUUGGGUAUUUUGUGAUUCAGACAUAUCUGCCUUGCAUCAUGACUGUCAUUCUCUCCCAAGUGUCAUUCUGGCUUAACAGAGAAUCUGUGCCUGCAAGGACAGUAUUUGGUGUAACAACUGUCCUAACAAUGACAACUCUAAGCAUCAGUGCUCGGAAUUCUCUCCCCAAAGUGGCUUAUGCUACUGCCAUGGACUGGUUUAUUGCUGUUUGCUAUGCAUUUGUGUUCUCUGCCCUAAUUGAAUUUGCAACUGUUAAUUACUUCACCAAAAGAGGAUGGGCUUGGGAUGGGAAGAGUGUAGUAAAUGACAAGUCCCCUUCAAUAAAAACUGAAGGCAUUACAUUAACAUACAACUCAGUGAAGGCAAUUCUUCAAGGAUCUAAGCUAAUAUGGUCUAAAUAUAUAGCUUUCUCAUGGCCCAAUUUAAUCCAAGGAAAGACUUUAGAGUACUUAGAGAAGUGGAUGGACUGUAUAACCUUCAAAGGAUUUUCUAAAAAAGAGAAAGCCUCUGUCAUGAUCCAGAACAACGCCUAUGCAGUAGCUGUUGCCAAUUAUGCCCCGAAUCUUUCAAAAGACCCAGUUCUCUCCACCAUCUCCAAGAGCGCAGCCACGCCAGAACCCAACAAGAAGCCUGAGAACAAGCCAGCCGAAGCCAAGAAAACCUUCAACAGUGUUAGCAAAAUCGACAGAAUGUCUAGAAUAGUUUUCCCAGUUUUGUUUGGUACCUUUAAUCUGGUUUACUGGGCUACAUAUUUAAACAGGGAACCUGUUUUAGGGGUCAGUCCUUGAGUGUAGGCACAGGUUAACUUUGGGAUGAUAGCACCAUGAAGCUCGGUUUGUUUUGCUCUGUACAGUCUGACUAAUAACUGCUAAUUGGUGAACCAACAUGUACAGUAUGUAUAUAGCGAUAUAGCUUAACCGUACACCUUUCAAGGAGACAUGAAUUUGCUACUGCGUGGAACUGUAGGCAGAAAGUACCUCGUGCCCAAAUCAUGACUUACCCUAGGAACUGGCUUAAGAUGGAUUUCAGACGACCUGAUUUAUUUCCUCUUGUAACAGCGAUGAAACUGGAGACCCUCUACCACACUUUAUGAACUUUUUUUUUGACUUGGGUCUUAUAUAGAAGUGUUUUUCUACUGUUGCUUAACUGUAAUGUAAGAUAACAUUGUAAUUCCAGGAUCAAUUCUUCUAAAUAACAGAACCUCAUAUCAGCAACUUCAGUCCCUUCUUGGGUGGUCAAAAUCCCUCCUAGCAUAAUUGGAAGCUUAGCACACAUUAGAAGGAACACUUAGAGAUUUGACAUCAGCUUUUAAUUCCUCUCUAUAGUAUCUAUAGCCAUGUACAUAUUAUAGCAUGACAAGCCCAAAUAAUUACGAGUAACACUGAUCUGGAUGCCUAGAAUUUAGUGACUAUCAGAAUGCCAUGGUCAUUACAUUUUUAGCAUCAGUGUUUAUUUGAAAGUCAUAAUGGAAAUCCUUAUGGUCAUUUUAAUCAUUGGAAACUCUCUUAA